AUUUCAUAGCAUCUAUGGGUAGAACAUAGAGUUCCUAAAUUAUGAAUUACAUGAUUCAGUGACACCUGUGGGUAACGUUAUUCACGAGAACUUCGUGUUGAUCAGCACACUUCGUCGUGAUUAUUUUAUGGUGUAAAAUUUGCACAGGUAACUUAGUCAUCUGUUAACUCGGCCGCAGAAAUGAAAAUGCGUUGCUAAAGCCUCGCAGUCAGCCCGCUCAUGGAGCGUUGCUGAAUGGGAGAAUGCUGCUGUUCCAAGCGUUUGACCAGCGAGGAGUGGAUUUGUGGGCCUUUGUUAACUUCAGAGAGCAAGAUUUCAAGUUCUUUGGACAUGACAUGGUGAUGGGGCAGCUGAUAAAGGAUCUCAAAGACCUUGAGAUUCUGUGAAAUUGAUCGACCAACAUUUGUGGCAGACUGGCCAAGGGGCCAAGCAGGACUGUGCAGUCAUAUAUAGCUCCGACAGAUGGUUGAGUUCAUUUGUGCCCCUGCCAUUUCUUCAGGACAGAUCGCCUACUUAAAGAAUGAUGUCUACAACUUUGGGAGAGGAAAUACAAAAGGUCAUUUCCAAAGCGCUGCCUGGUCUUCUUGAAGAAAAGAAGGAACAGUUGCUGCAGAGACUUCUUAGCUGGGGUGUGGAGAGCACAGAUGAUCUUAAGUAUGUAGAGGGAGCUCCUGGAGUGGACCUGUCUGAUUUACUCCCGCCCAUCCAGAUUCGCAAACUGCUAGACAGCUUUAUGAGAGCUGGAGAACAAAAUCAAUCUGGUGAUGUCCCUCCAACAAUACCUCCGCCGCCUUCCACUGUCACAUUAGACACCAUUAGCCCACCAAGCCUUUCUUCAACCACAGCAGUUACUUGGCCUGAGUCAUUUCAGGUUCCUUGGAACCAAAUGCCGAGCGAAUUGCGCAGUGCAGUAGCGAAUGGAAAGAGACCACUCCCCCCAGAUCGCCGCAAAAUGAUUCGUAUAAUUGUUGAUGAAAUUAGGAAACAUGAAAAGAAUCCAAGCAAAGCACAGUGCCUUGCUGUAGCUCUCAAAAUUGUCAAAAAGUAUCCAAAGAGCUUUUCUGAUUUUGAUGAUACUCAAGAAAAAAAUGAAAUUGGGUACUACUCCCUCUUGAAACAAAUAAAAACCCGUGUAGAACACGUCAAUAGAGAUAAUACUUUAUCACGCAGGCGACGGAUCAGUGGAGUAACUGACACACCUGAGAGAAUGCAAUGCAGAGAACCAACAGCCACAUACGGAUGCACACAAUGGCAGCCUGAGCCUCCGCUUGCAAAUUCUGAUGAUGUACUUGAGGAAAAAAGACAAACUUUAGAGAAUUUGUACCAGCGAUAUGGAAAAAGUGGAGCUGACAGGAGUGAUGUUUGUGCCUUAAUGAAGGAAACUUAUUAUUUGCAAAGAAAGCACAUCAAUGACACACAAGUACUUCCUAUCAAAGACCUCAAAAGCAAAUGGCCAUACCUGUUUGUGCAAAAGCACAUAUAUGCACAUUUUGAGGAGCUUACCAGUAUCGCCAUACACAAAAGGCUCAACCAAGCCAUACAGGAGUAUGGUAAAGUCCUCGUUGACUUCUUUAAGAGCAAACCCACAAAUGAAGUUGUCAAGAAAAUCUUGUCCAGCGAAGAAGAAGUUGGACCCCUUGUGAUCAAACUCAUCCUGGCACAUUUCCGAGAGGAUCUGGAUGGUCUUCUGCUUCUUGCGAAUAGGUGCGCCACAGCAGCUGACCUUCAAGCGACACACACCAUACCUGGGAGCCCACGACUAAUUGUGCUUGGAGACACUUUGACGAGUGGACACUGGAUGCUGACUAUUGAAGGCGAGGUUGUGUGUGAGGGCAUUCAGCCCAGCUUCCUGUCUGGCCUUGCCACUCUGUUCGCAUCGUACUAUAUAUUCAAUCUUGAGUACCAGGAGGAGGCAGCAUGUACCUUGGAGUUCAUUCAAAGACGCUUUGUAGGUAUUAAUCCGGAGAGAGGAACAAAGAAGUCGAAAGGAAAAGUGCCAUCUAAAACGACCGGGCAAAUGGUACAGAAGAAACAGGUUGCAGUGAACCCACAUGUUGCCACUCUUCUUUGCAAAGUGAUGGAUUUUCAGUGGAAUUUCUGAAAUAAGUUUGUUGGACUUGGGGCCUUGUUGUUUGUGGUGCCAUGGUCUGUUCAUGAAGUGAUGAAGAGUCAUCGGAAUCUUUGUGGUUUUUAUAAUUAUUUUUAUUAUGACCAUGUUGGUCAACUUGUGGUUAUAAAGUAACAGUUUGCAUAUUUCUUCUUUUUGUUGAGGGUAUAUGAUUGCUAAUUAUAUGUUUCAAGUAAUUUAAAAACAUUUGAAGGGUUAGU